UUGGGGGCGAUAAUGCAAAAUAUUGGUUGACACACAACUGAAGAAGAAAAAGCAGAACAAUUUUGUCUUUACAAAUAUUUUCCUGUAUGUGAGAUAAUUUCCUUGUUCUCUGUAAUAUCCUAUAGAUUUGGAAUCGUGACAUUAUCUACGGUGGAGGAAAAUAUGCAUGUUUCUCGACUCAUACCCUGACUAUGAGAAAGGGUUGAGUGACGAUUCGUUUAGCAACCUUGUGACCCAGCAUGACACCGUGAACAAGAUUGGUCGACCGUCUGCUGGAUCCGAAGCAAGAUACAUUGUCGCCAUGUUUUGUGUUUCGUUAAGGACUCAGAGUGGCCUUCCUGCGGAAGGAAAUGUCGACUCCCGGAACACUUAAAACAAAGUAACUGUACUACUGUAGCCAACACACUUAGAAAAUAAGACAAGCGAAGAAAUGCAUAGUUUCCACAAUGGAUCCGGACAAAGCUAUUCCGUUCCCCUCUACACUCCCGGAGUCCCCAGGUCAAACGUCUCCCGGGACCGCUUUACUGCUGGGUCUGGUUGACUGCAGGAAAACACCGGGGCAGAAUGGAACUGAGAGAGGAGAAGAUAAGGAAGAUGGAGAUUUCAUUUCAUUAAGUAAGAACCAUGCGGACAGCCCUAACCGUUGCUCUCUCAGUGGGAGGGGCUUAUCAUCUGGGGAGCCUCAACAACAACAUGAUGCUGACAAGACGUCUCUCCAGAAGAGUCUCUCCAGAUCAGAACAUCUUAGUAAACACCAGCAGAAACUUACAGGGAAGAAACCACACCACUGCUGUUCUGACUGUGGGAAGAGUUUUGCUAAACAGACAGAAUUGAUAAUUCACCAGCGGAUUCACACUGGGGAGAGGCCUUAUAGCUGUGAUCAGUGUGGGAAGAGCUUCAAUCAAUCAGGACACCUGACUACACACCAACGCAUACACACAGGAGAGAAGCCUUAUAGCUGUGAUUGGUGUGGGAAGGGCUUCAAUCAAUCAGGAGCACUGACUACACACCAACGCAUACACACAGGAGAGAAGCCUUAUAGCUGUUAUCAUUGUGGGAAGAGCUUCAGGAUGUCAGGAGAUCUGACUGCACACCAGCACAUACACACAGGACAGAAGCCUUAUAGCUGUGAUCAGUGUGGGAAGAACUUCAAUCGUUCAGGACAACUGACUACACACCAGCGCAUACACACAGGAGAGAGGCCUUAUGGCUGUGUUCAGUGUGGGAAGAGCUUCAAUCGUUCAGGACACCUGACUACACACCAGCGCAUACACACAGGAGAGAAGCCUUAUAGCUGUGAUCAGUGUGGGAAGAGCUUCAAUCAUUCAGGAUCCCUAAUUACACACCAGCGCAUACACACAGGAGAGAAGCCUUAUAGCUGUGAUCAGUGUGGGAAGAGCUUCAUUCUUUCAGGAUCCCUAAUUACACACCAGCGCAUACACACGGGAGAGAGGCCUUAUGGCUGUGAUCAGUGUGGGAAAAGCUUCAAUCAUUCAGGACACCUGACUACACACCAACGCAUCACACACAGGAGAGAAGCCUUAUAGCUGUGAUCAGUGUGGGAAGAGCUUCAAUCAAUCAGGACACCUGACUAUACACCAACGCUUACACACAGGAGAGAAGCCUUAUAGCUGUGA